GGACGACUGAUGAAGUCUCAGCUGAACUAAACAGCUGCAAACAGCUGUUCCUGUCACUGACACAGACUGACCCUUAAAAACUGGAAGUUCCUGGAAAGCUUUGAUUUUCCUGGAAAGAGACGAGUCUCUGUCUCAUUGACCUCAGUGUCUCACAGAGGUCAUCAAACAGGAAACAGAAAGACAAACAGAAACCAGAAAACAUCCGGAAGGUGAAAAAGUGAUCAAAAGAGAGAAAAUGAUCCUUCAGACACAUGGAGACGGACGUGGACAUGUGGACAUGUCCUGUUCCUGUCUCAUUGGCUCAGAUAAAUUUCACUGUGUCUCCUCGGUGAAAGCAAACGUCAACUGGUCCCUACAAAGACAGAAGAACAAGAACACACACUCUGUCUCCCACAGAGGGGGAGGGGGAGGAGGAGGAGAAGGAGGAGGAGUCAGUCCCUCAGGAAAAAACCUCCACAGGGAGAGACAGAGUCAGUGUGAACAGAGACAGAAGAACCGAGUACAUCAACUACAGAACAACAGAACCAGAACCAGAACCUGAACCAUCAGGUCUGAGCUCCUCCUCCUUCAGUCUGCUGAUCUGCUGACAUGUUCCUGUUCAGGAUGACUUCCUGUCUGUGGUCCCUCUUCUUCCUCCACCAUCUGGUGUCCUCCAUCAUGGCUACGUCUGAACCUGCGGGCUGUAAAAUCCGAAUCACUGACAGAGGACUGGAGAUGUUGAAAUUCGAGACUCAGAAGUUCGUUGAAGAGGAGCUGAGUAACAUCAGUAUGCCGGAGAUGAAGGGCAAAGAGGGACGGUUCCAGUACACCAUCACAGAUGUGAAGAUCACGGAGCUGAAUCUGACUCACGCCGACCUGCAAUUCAUCCCUGAAGUUGGUUUGUUGUUCGACGUUCAGAACUCGUCGAUCUCGCUGACUUUCCACCGACGGAUCCUUUACUGGUUCUUUUAUGACACAGGAAACAUCAACGCCUCGGCCGAGGGCGUGAACAUCAACACGGCUCUGAAUCUGAUCAGAGACGACGAAGGACGACUGAAGAUCAAAAACAUCACCUGUGACGCUAAAAUCUCCAAAAUGAGAGCGAAGUUCAGUGGAACGCUCGGGAGAGUUUACGACUUCCUCGCCAGCUUUCUCACAACAGGCAUGCGCUUCCUGCUCAACCAACAGAUCUGUCCAGCUCUGAAUCACGCCGCUCUGGUUCACGUGAACUCGAUGUUGGAGACGAUACCUGUGAGGACGGAGGUUGAUCAGUUCAUUGGGAUUGAUUAUUCUCUGAUCGAUGAUCCAGUGGUGACGUCCAGAAGCCUUGACAUGCACUUCAGGGGGAUGUUUUUUGACCUGGGUCAUCAGAACGAGACGUUGGUGAACUACGCCGUGGACCCCGUCAUCAGAGAGUAUGACAGGAUGGUUUACCUCGCUCUGUCCGAGUUCUUCUUCGACAGUGGAAUGUUCUCGUACUACACAGCGGGAAUCUUCCAGAUGCAUAUCAUCAAUGAGAAGAUGCCCAAAGAUCUGGAAAUGUUGUUGAGAACCACAUACUUUGGAGCCAUCAUGAUGCUGAACCCAGCUCUGGUCGAUGCUCCGCUCUCGCUUCAACUUGCCGUCAACUCACCUCCGAAAACUUCCAUCAAGACGUCGGGAGCCACGGUCGUCAUGACGGCCAUCGUCAAAGUCAUGGUGCUGCCUCCAGGUCAGCCUCCGGUCCAGCUCAGCAGCAUGACCAUGGAAACAAAGUUCAACGCUAAAGUUUCUAUGAAAGGAAAACGUCUGGCCGUUCACGCUGAUCUGCGCAGGUUUAAAAUCUUCUCCAACCAAUCAGCUCUGGAGUCUCUGGCACUGAUUCCUCUGCAGGCUCCUCUAAAGACGAUGCUGCAGAUGUCUGUGGUUCCAUUAAUCAACAACUGGACCAAGAGAGGAGUCCGGAUCCCUCUGGCUGAUGGGAUGGAUUUCAUUGAGGAGGUGGUUGAAUAUCACAAUGGUUUCAUCGUGAUUGGAGCAAAUCUUCACUUCAGCAAAGGACUGAGAGAAAUGGUGAGAGGAAGCAUGGAGACAGAAGAGGAGACUAACACCAUCUAACACACACACACACACACAAAAUAUAAACCUUCAGUUAUCAGUUUAUUAGGUACAUCUGGCUAAAGCCAACGCAGUGGAACUUCCUUCACUGUGUCGAUUCCUCUGCUGCAGGUUGUGAUGUUGUUGAAUUGUGUUGUGUCGACUUCAUUCAAAUCACUGAGGGUUGUAAGGACGAGUCAGCCAGGUGUUCCUAAUAAACUGACAACUGAGUGUACAUAUACAGACAGGUGACUGGAAAAUGCUCCACUGAGCAGAGUCACCUGAUCUCAGACCAGCUGACAAGCAGCAGAACAGCAGGUGAGGGAACGUCACGUCUGUGUGUGAACACAUGUAUGUACGCUCUGACACUGUGUGAACAUAUUUAACACUGACGAAACAAACUGUAGGUUACAGGUCAAAAGUUUUAGGAUCUGAAAGGAAAGAAAAAUAAAACAAUA